AUGGCUUCGGACGAGCGGGUAGCAGAUGAGUCGACGAAGUAUUUGGAACUUUGUACUAAGGGUAUAGUGUUACAACGGGUGAAACGUGGACGUCUAACACCGUCGUAUCGGGUAUACCUCCAGGAUCAAAAGUGGUUCUGCUACUGCUCAUCGGGUUUUUGGAAAUGUGUUCCGACAAAGUUAAAAUCAGUACUUUGUUUGAGCGAUGUAUUGACUGAAUAG